GGAAAAACGGAAUGUCCUCAAAGGCAUCACAAACCUCCGCCGGACAGCCUGUCAGUAGUCAGCUCGACUCCGCUUGAUUGCGGCGGCGAUUCCGUCGGCUCACGUUCGAUCGCAACAGCGACGGAAAAGGGAUAUUUCUCCUCCUUGACGCCGGCCCGCACUGAACCGGACGAAGGAGGAAGAUGUCGUCCGCUUACAAAGACGGCGAGGAGGACUGGCUGACGGUGUGUCUCAAGUACCUGCUCUUUGUCUUCAACUCGCUCUUUUGGGUGGGCGGUGCCGGCGUCCUGGGCGUGGGCGUGUGGACGCUGGCGGAGAAGAGCGAGUUCCUGAGCCUGCUGGCGUCCAGCGCGUUCGCCGUGGCCGCCUACAUCCUCAUCCUGGCCGGCGGCCUGGUGGUGCUGACGGGCUUCCUGGGCUGCUGCGCCGUCAUCCGCGAGCAGAGGAGCUGCCUCUCCGCCUAUUUCUUCUGCCUGCUGCUGAUCUUUCUCAUUGAACUGGUGGCCGGCGUUCUGGCUUACGUCUACUACCAGAGGCUGAGCGAGGAGCUGAAGCAGCAUCUCAAACAGACCAUGACGGACAACUACGCCCAGCCGGGGAAGGAGGCCAUCACCUUGGCGGUGGACAAACUUCAGCAGAAUUUCAAGUGCUGCGGCAGCGACAGCUACCAAGACUGGACGAGCAGCGUGUUCAUCGCGUCGGAGCGCGCCGACGGCCGACUGGUGCCCGACAGCUGCUGUAAGUCGGUCACCCCCGACUGCGGCGUGCGGGACCACCCGUCCAACAUCUACAACGUGGAGGGGGGCUGCAUCGCCAAGCUGGAGCAGUUCCUGGCGGACCACCUGCUGGUCAUCGGGGCCGUGGGCGUCGGAGUGGCCUGUCUGCAGAUCUGUGGGAUGGUGCUCACCUGCUGCUUGUUCAGGAGGAUCAAGAUGGAGCCUUACUGAUUGACGCACUCCACGUCACCUGUGCUCCACAUUCUGGCUUUUUAUUCUGAUUAUUUUUUGUCUUGUCGUUUUGUGUUUGAACAACGGAGGCCUCCUGGCGCACGUUUUGCCUUUUAGCUUCAUUUUUCGACGAACUGAAGGUUAUUUUCGCAUCACGCUUCAGUGGCGGUAAAAUGUCUUCUGCUCGCGUUUGUGCUAGUCAAUUAUGAGCGUACCAAAAAGAAAAUGGCGCAGAAACUAUAUAACGUAUGAUAUGCCUGAUAACAUAACCGAAAGGUGAGCUUUGAGUGUAAUGGAGCAUGCAUAAACACAAAGAAACCAGAGUAGCCUUAAUACCUUGCAUUCCGAAUAUUUCAUAUUAGGAGAGCUUCUGUAUAUAAAAAAAAAAAGUAGCCAAAGUACGCAAAAUCGCCUCCUUUUUUUUUUUAUCUUGCAUUAUCAAUCAAAACUGAUUAUUAUUGAAUCUCGUCGGAUGUACAGUAUAUGUUUUUGUAUUUUGGUGCAGUUUUACCGAUUGGUAAAGUAGUAGUUUUUCAGGCAUUUUUUUAAUAUUCGGAACGACCAUUCCUUUUUAAAAAUGAAACAUAACUGGUGCUAAUGUAAGGAAUUCACGUGCCCCAAAUACUUUCUUGGACCAUCCCUCAAAAUUCAAACCAAAUCCAGUUGAAGUGUUGUUUUCGCCACUUGAGGGAGCCAAAUCUCACAUUUGCACACAGUCGGUCGUGCAUUGUCUCAUAUUUGAUUUCUGCUCAAGCUUUGCAAAUGUUUUGAGCUUGCCUUCUGUUUUAUUAUCAUGUAAUUAUGAUCUGAAUUUGCAAUGCCUCAUUCAAACCGCAUUUAGUGUGAUUGUUGGUGUCAUGGAAGCGCGAAAUGAAUUCUUACGUCUACGUCUUGCACGUGAGUCGCUGUCGUCCUCUUUUUACCAAAUGACUCGGCUGUUCUCGUUUCCCCGCCGUCGGUUCUGCGUCGUAGCUCCCAUUUGGGUCGCCACGUUUAACGCGCAAGAAAAAGUGCGUCACGAUGUUCUGAGUCAUGUUGAACAUUUUGUUGCCGGUUCCCCCCUGGGAACGGCUUCUGAAGGGGUCCCGAGAAUUGUUCAGGACAUGGUAGGACUUGAUUUUUAGGAUUACCCCAGAUGUCCACAAAAUAAUGACCCGAAUUUUCAGCGUCGGCCUUGUAAACAUGUUGUGACUCAUUGCGUCUGUGUAACGAUUGUCCAGACAUGCGCACCUGCGUCCAAUAACCCGGCGCCUUCAGCGUUUACGCAUGUGGGAAGACUUGUGGAGGGCGCACAUCUGCGCGGGGUGGGGGUGGGUUUCGAGGGGGUCCGAGGUUUGUUUGGCCACAGUUGAUUAGCCGUGCCUGAAGCCGCGCAGCGUGAUGUAAACACUUCACGGGAAUUUUGAAGUGAGUAAGCCGUUACAGCGUCGGCCCUUUGUCAUGUGUCGGUGAGGAGGGGGGGGGGGGACAAAAAGUUCAUCUUCUGAAGGGAGUUUUUUUUCCCCACUCUCUAGCUGUGGGGAUGUUACAUAAACGUGUUCUUUCCUGACGAGUUUUGACUCGCAGGCACCUCGAAGCGGACAAAUUAUCGACAAUUGCAUCUUGAAUGGCUUGUAUGUAAAUAGUUGGGUCUCCCGAGUGGCUGCCUAUCCGUCGAGUGUGAAAUUAAACAGCGAAAUAAAUCCACGGUGAUCCCCCCCCCAAUCCCACCCCCGAGAAACAGUCUGCAAUCAAGAAAAUGUAUUGAUGAAUGGAUACAAUUCGAUCAGGUUAGUGUCUCCGCGACCUUUGUCAUAACAGCAGUAAACGUGCUUAGUGUUCGUCCUGCAGUAGAAGGGCCGAGGUGGGUAGCGGCUGUAAAGUGUGCUGUAAUUCUUGAUCCUUGAGUUAUUUGAUGCUAGAGAUGUAUUAUUGAAAGACUUGAGAUCUUUAAAGUGUGAAUAAAAAUCCACGACGACGCAUUUCUGUGCUGUCUGAUUGCGAUUCUACCUGCACAUGCCACCAGGGUGAGGGUUAACCCUCCACGCGACCUCACAAGGCCCAAAAGUGCUCGCGAUGAGUGGAAAUUGUCGGAAUUUCUUCAGUGUUUUAAGUAAAGAAGCCCUCAUGAAGUGGCGCACUCGAGCCCACAAGUGUCAAAAGUGAGGCUCGCCCGAGAGCCCCUCCGCGACGUCGCGAGGCGCCGCCGUUCAUCUCGGCUUCUCGCCCAAUCCCCUUACACGGGACCACCUUUUACGUCCGCCGUUAAAUGCCCGCCAAGCCGCGCGCAUAACGUGCAGCGUUUGACUUGAAACGGGACCAAAGAGUGGCCGCUCGGGGUCCCGCGGAGCCGGGAGGGAUUCCGUGGGAGAGGGGCGGAAGCACACAAAGUGUUUCAAGACAACCACCAUGAUGGCGACAUUGAUUGAUAGCAAACAGAUGACGCGGUGCUCAGAAGGCAAAGCUGUGAUGGCGAAGCAGGCGGGGAACACGCCGGUGGCCACGCCCCCUGCAGAACAACGACAAACGUUGUCUUAUCAUGCCGCAUAGAUACUGAAAUCAGCUUUUGUCCGUCGGAAAUUCUGCAUCCGCGCGUGAUAGGAGGCUCGUGAACUUUUGCACACUGGAUGAAUUCGUUAAAGCGGCCAAAACAAAGUUCAGGCGGACGUCGCGGGGGAGGUAUCAAAGAAAAAGCAGCGGGCAAGAUAGCUGAAAUUAAUCGCACUGUGAUGACCUUGUACAGCAAAACAGGAAAGGGCCGGGGUCGGGUUUGACGCCGUAAAUAAAAGGACGAACUCACAAUGCAGGGUCAGAAGGCAAAAAUAAAUCCGUCCCAUCUGCAUCAACGCAUUACCGCUAUCCAUUUUUAACAAAACAAGCCGAGUCAAAUGUCUUCAGCCUAACUAUUUCCACUCAUCAUUGGCGAAAAAUACAUCAGCACUUCAAAUCUUGAGGUGGCGCAGAGCGGGGGAAGAGGUUCACUCGGUCGAGAGUGUUCGCAAAACAAUUUUUAAUGCUUUAAAUUUGUU